GAUUCUUCUUCAAGUUCCCCAACGAAAAAAAAAAGAAAAAAAAGGAGAGAAAAAGGUCAGCCGCAGAAAACAAACAAAUUGAAACCUCUCAAACAUUCUUGAUGUUGGGCCAUGCUCCAGCAUGUAACAAAAUGGCUCCUCCCGCGGCUGCCUCCGGCUAGCAGACGCGGCCUGGCCACAUUUUCACCGAGCUUGCUGCCUGUAAUGCCGCAUCGACCUCACGCAAGCCUGCCCAAGGUCGUUCUGCGUGAGUACCAGGAGGAGUGCAUCCAAGCUGUCCUCGCCUCUUUGGAGAAUGGCCAUAAGCGUCUGGGCAUUUCUCUGGCCACGGGAAGUGGGAAGACAGUCAUAUUCACACAGCUAAUUGAUAGGGUGGCACCCGUCUCCGACUCUGGCACUCAGACGCUGGUGCUGGCUCACAGGCGCGAGCUCGUCGAGCAGGCGGCUCGGCACUGUUCCCAUGCCUAUCCAGACAAGACCGUUGAGGUCGAGAUGGGCUCACUCCACUCCACAGGUGUCGCCGACAUCACGGUGGCCAGUAUCCAGAGCAUCACCUCGGGGGACCGCUUGUCCAAGUUCGACCCGGGCCGGUUCAAACUCUUGCUCGUGGAUGAGGCUCACCACAUCGUCGCCCCAGGCUAUAUGCGGACGCUGGAUCAUUUCGGCCUGGCCACCAAGCGCCCGGACUCGCCGCAUCUCGUUGGUGUCUCGGCCACCUUCUCGAGGUUCGACGGCCUCAAGCUUGGGGCCGCCAUUGACGAGAUUGUCUACCACCGUGACUACGUCGACAUGAUUGAAGACAAGUGGCUCUCGGAUGUGCGCUUCACAACGGUCGAGUCCUCUGCCGACAUCUCCAGGGCACGGUCGAGCGCCAGCGCCGACUUUCUGCAGUCGGAGUUGUCUCGUGCCGUCAAUACGGAUCAAGUUAACGAGAUUACCGUCCGCAGCUGGCUGGCCAAGGCAAAAGGUCGCAAGUCCACUCUCGUCUUUUGUGUCGACCUGGCUCAUGUCGCUGGCCUGACGCAGAGGUUUCGCGAGUACGGCAUCGAUGCCCGUUUCGUCACCGGCGACACACCCAAGCUCGAAAGAAGCGAAAGGCUAGAAGACUUCAAGGCUGGGAAGUUCCCUGUUCUUGUCAACUGCGGGGUGUUCACCGAGGGAACCGAUAUCCCCAACAUCGACUGCGUCGUGCUGGCGAGGCCAACCAAAUCACGGAACCUCCUUGUCCAGAUGAUUGGCAGGGGAAUGAGACUGCACCCGGACAAAGUCAACUGUCAGAUAAUCGACAUGGUAUCCAGCCUCGAGACUGGCAUAGUCACUACCCCAACGCUGUUUGGGCUCGAUCCUGGCGAGCUUGUCGAUGACGCGACAGCAGACGACCUUCAGAAUUUGCAAGAACGUAAAUCUGAAGAGAAGGAGAGGAGCGAGCGAGUGGCCCAAGCUGUUCCAGGGGGUGGUCAGAAUUACCCGUCAGUUUCUGUGUCGUUCACGGACUACAACUCUGUGUUUGACCUGAUAUCCGACACUUCUGGGGAGAAGUUCAUCCGCGCGCUCAGCCCGUAUGGCUGGGUUCACGUGGGCCCGGAUCGCUACAUCCUUUCUGGCCCGACGGGGACGUAUCUGAGAAUCGAGAAGAUACCUGUGGAUGAGAUGGGUGACAAGGUCAAGUCCCCGCUGCCCGAGGCAUGCUUCCGAGCGGUCGAGGUGCGGCACCUUCCGCUGCCUGCGCUCUCCAAGAGUCCCUUCGCGCCCCCGAGAGAGAUUCUCAAGGCGGCAACGUUCCCCGACGCGGUACACGGUUGCGACAAGUAUGCGUCCGAGAUCUUCCCUUUCCAGUUCAUUUCAACAAACCAAAAGUGGCGGAAUGGGCCCCCAACUCAGGGGCAGCUGGACUUCCUCAACAAGGUUAGGGGCAAACAGGAGCCUCUUACCAUGAGCGACAUCACCAAGGGCAAGGCUGCAGACAUGAUAACCAAAAUCAGGCAUGGAGCACGUGGCCGGUUUUCUGAGAUCAAGGCGGAGACACGGCGCAAGGAAAAGCACGCGCUUGCUUUGGAGGAACGCAGGCGUCGUGAGACGGUGACUGUAGGCCCAGUAGCAAGUUGAGGCAGAGAAUCAUAGUCUGUAUGAGGGCUCCUAGAGCUUUCUUACCCGCCCAUCUGUUGAUUGUAUGCGGCCUUCACAAAACCUGCCGGCGCCGGGUGUGACUUGGAAUCACCUCUUGUCGAGAGGCGCGGCAGAAGAAACACCUUUAUAGUAUAUCUCAGCCCUGACAAAAUAACGACUCGCUCCUCAUUCACAAA